AUGAAAAUCAAAGCGUUAUCACGCCCGGCCUCCUCUGCCCAAGCCCCGGGCUCGAGCGUUACUCGACAGCCUCGCAACCUCGAUCCCGCUCUGCAUCCUUUCGAAAGAGCCCGGGAGUACACUCGCGCUCUCAAUGCGACGAAGCUUGACCGCAUGUUCGCUGCGCCCUUUCUGGGCCAGCUAGGCAAUGGUCAUGUUGAUGGUGUUUAUGCCAUGGCCAAAGAUCCGAAUUCGCUCGAGAGACUUUCCAGCGGUAGCGGUGACGGUGUCGUCAAAGUCUGGGAUCUGGUCAGCCGGGAGGAAAUCUGGAAUGCGCAGGCCCAUGAUGGAAUCGUCAAGGACCUCUGCUGGACGAGGGAUCAAAAGUUGUUGAGUUGCGCAAGCGACCGGACUGUGAAGCUCUACGAUCCGUAUCAUACGACCUCGGGAACGCCUCCGCUAGCCACUUACUUUGGCCAGACCGCAUUUACUGGCAUCUCUCACCACCGGUCUCUUCCAAGCUUUGCGGCAUCGUCAAGCGUCAUUUCCAUCUACGAUUUGUCUAGGCCCUCCUCGACGCCGACUCAGACCCUAUCGUGGCCUACUUCUAUUGAUACCGUCAACGCAGUCGCAUUUAACCAGACGGAAACCUCAAUCUUGGCGUCGGCGGCCACAGACAGAUCGAUUGUCCUUUACGACCUGCGAACUUCUUCACCGCUCUCCAAAACCGUUCUCAGCCUGUCUUCUAAUGCCAUUUCGUGGAAUCCAAUGGAAGCGUUCAAUUUUGCAGUCGCAAACGAAGACCACAACAUUUACAUUUUCGACAUGCGAAAAAUGGAUCGCGCUCUGAACGUGCUCAAGGAUCACGUUGCUGCUGUUAUGGAUGUAGAAUUCAGCCCCACGGGACAAGAGCUGGUUAGCGCUUCGUACGACCGAUCAAUCCGACUGUGGGACAGAUCUCGGGGACACUCGCGAGACAUUUACCACACGAAACGAAUGCAGAGGGUAUUCUCUGCCAAAUUUUCUCCUGAUGCCCGCUACGUCUUCAGCGGAUCUGAUGACGGCAACAUCAGGUUGUGGCGCGCCAAUGCGUCUACCCGCGAAGGAAUCAAAUCCGCCCGUCAACGACAGAAGCUUGAAUAUGACGACGCGCUCAGGGAACGAUACAAGCAUAUGCCUGAGAUCCGACGCAUCCGGAGACACAGGCACCUUCCCCAGCAGGUUAAGAAGGCUGGUGAGAUUAAGUCUGAGGAGCUUGCUGCUAUCAAGAGACGCGAUGAAAAUGAGAGGAAGCAUACCAAAAAGGGCCUGAAGAAGAGAAGAAGCGAGAGAGAGAAGAUGAUCCUUACCCAGGAGCAGUAA